GCACCUCUCCGGACCCGGAGCGCACGGCGGAGAGGGGCGGAUCUAACGUGACACCGGUAUCUGCUCGCGGAAUCCCCACUCGCUCGCCAGCUGGCUCUCUUGGACUGGAUCGCCUGGCGUUUACACAUUUAUCCCCUCUGCAGUUCAAGCUGCCACAUGCGCGCACGGUGCAGCAGCGGACUCCCCCGUGCGCCCUCGCUUCUCCAGAUGGGUUGAGCGAGUGAAAAGCCCCGAGACCGCAUGGUUCCGUCCCGCGGUGCAAACUUCGGGCUGGUCCAAAGUCGGCGGCUCAGCCCGGUAUGAUCGUUUCCAACCUGAGCUGUGCGCACUGUCCCGGGGGAGGAGCCGGCGGCACGGCGGCGACGGAUGCGUACGAAGAGGUGUCCGGUGCUCUCCCUCCCCCGUCCCUGAGCCCGACGGGGCACCUGGUGGUGGCGGUGUGCCUCGGCUUCAUCGGCACCUUCGGGUUCCUCAGUAACUUCCUGGUGCUCACGCUGUUCUGCCGGUACCGGGCUCUGCGCACGCCCAUGAACCUCCUGCUGGUGAGCAUCUCUGGGAGCGACCUGCUGGUCAGCGUGCUGGGCACCCCGUUCAGCUUCGCGGCCAGCACCCAGGGGCGGUGGCUGAUCGGACGCGCUGGGUGCGUGUGGUACGGGUUCGUUAACGCAUGUUUGGCUUGCCAGAAGACAACGUGCAUGCCUCGCCUGCAGCAAAACUAA